GAUGAGCUGACAGCUUUUCUGAGAAGAGACCAUUUUGUGUCAGAGGAAGCUGUAUAUCUCUCAGAGGUCCUAACAACGGAGUCCUACAUUUACAAAAACAACAGCUCUUACACGGAAGAAGCUGAGCAUUAGGCAAAGGAUUCCUGGACACGCUGGAGGUGGUCACGCACAAGGAAUAUAUGGCUGUUCCACCAACAGUACUGCUCGAACCUUCUCUAACUGCCUAGGGGAGAAAACUUCACCAUGGAUUUAAGGAACAUUCCGUACCGUUCAGACGUGGUUACCUGGAACCCAGACGACUUGGCAGACUACUUCAGGACAUUAAAGUAUAAGGACUGUGAGAAAGUCGUGAGGAAGCACAGCAUAAAUGGACAACGGUUUCUGAACAUGACUGAAAAUGACAUUCAGAAAUUCCCCAAACUCCGAGUGCCAAUUGUAAGUAAAUUAAGCAAAGAAAUAAACAGGAAUGAAGGGAGGCUUUCUUUCCUUCCAAAAUGGGCCCAAACACAAAAAAGUCCUGAAGCCCCAGGAUAUGCAGGUCAAGACGAUGGUGGUUGGUCUUCAUUUGAUGAAGAUGAUGACUAUGAAAGCCCUGAUGAUGACCAGGAACAGGAAGAUGAGGCUGACUAUGAAUCACCAACAGAAGAACUUGAGGAAGCAGAACAUGACAGUGAUGGUUAUGAGCCUCCUCCAUCCAGUAAUGAUGAAGCACACCACAAUGUCAUAUUUCCUGCCAAGUCACUUGCAAACAACACAGAUUAUAUAGACAGACCUCCAACCACUCGAUCAUCGCAACAGCCUCCAGUACCACCCCAACGACCCGGCCCAUCCCCAGUACCAGCCUCCUUUGGGGGAAGAGGUGCUUCUCUGCCAGCUUUUCCUCCUCCACCAAGCAACAAUGACUUGAGUAGAGACAGGAAUAUCAAGCCUUUGAAACCCCCAGCUCCUUCUAUAGACAGAAGCACAAAGCCCUCACUGGACCGCCUUGCUCCACCAUUUGAAAGAGAAAGCCCUGGACCAGGGAGGAAGCCCAGCACUCCUGAAAAGCCUCUGGCUUUACAGCUAAGAUCCCUGGGCGAACAGCUAGCAAUGAUGCCAAAACCUCCUGUCCCACCCAGUGACAGAUACGAAAGAGGCAAUCCAUCUCCUCUAAGGAAGCCAACCCCUGUAAAGCAGGGUUGGCCACUACACAAAACGCCUCAAGAAGAAGACGACACAGCACCCCAAAGAACAGUGCCACAGAUAUCUUUGCCUCCAUACAGCUCCAAUACAUUCCCAUCCAAAUCUGUCAAGCCUCCACCUAAACCAAGCUCCAACAUUCUGCCUGGUGCAGAAAGUGCUAGAAACUGCUCUUCAACUGGCUCACUACCACCACGCUUACAUCUAGGAAGCUACAGCAGAUCCCCUUCAAGAGGCGCAGCUGACAUAAGACCUCCUCUGCCAAUUCCUAGCAGACAGACUGCUCACCAAACUAACACGGAGGAAGAUGAGGACUCACUACACAAUGAAUGGUACGUUGCCUAUGUUAGCCGGCCAGAAGCAGAAGCAGCUCUUCGGAAGAUAAACAAGGAUGGAACAUUCUUGGUAAGAGACAGCUCAAGAAAAACUGCUACUCACCCUUAUGUCCUGAUGGUGUUGUACAGAGAUAAAGUAUACAACAUCCAGAUUCGUUACCAGGAGCAAAACCACUUAUAUUUGUUAGGAACUGGCUUAAAAGGAAAAGAGGAUUUUUCUUCUGUAGCAGAUAUCAUAGAUUACUUCCAAAGAACGCCUCUCCUUCUGAUUGAUGGGAAAGACAGAGGGUCAAGAAACCAGUGCAUGUUAAAAUAUGCUGCAGGACAUAUUUAAAUGAGACCUUAAGGAAGAUUACAUAUAAUAUUGAUGCUUCUGAAGUCUGUAAACAUCAGGAUAUUGACUUUUACAGCAAACACAAGUCAUGAAGUCAUUAAAAAUCCUUUUGAUUUUAAGCAAAAAGGACAAUGUUAUUUUUAAAUUAUGCCUUAAAUGCAGCACUCUGAAUCUGAUUUUCUUACUAUAUGUUUAUUACAGCCCACUAAUCAUACAGUGCAUGAGAAAAUUGUACCUUUGUGUGUGUCUUCUUGCAAUGACUUCCAUGCCUAGUUAGAGCACCCAGAAAUAAACACCAAUACAAGCCCCUGUUUUCAUCGGAGGAAAAGGAAAAAGCUAUUUUUCAGAUCAGAACAGCAGCAGCAGUUGUGUUAUGUAAAGUGACACAGAGUAGACCGAAACCUUGUCAAAGUUGAGGAGUAGACAAAAGACAAUAAAGGCCCUAUUUUUUCCAUCAAUCCGCUUCCCAGUAAAUCUAACUAUGGCCACUUCUGUGAAAACAGUGAGCCUCUGAUCGGGAUCCUAAGGACACGUGGGUUUUAGAGACACCAAGAAUCCCUUAACACUGGAUAUGCAGCUGCCUGUCAACGUCUGUGUCUGUGUUACUCAGCUAUGAAAUUGUCUUUGUUCACAUUUUUUGAGGAAAAUAAAGCAUCUGCAGCUUUCAUAUUC